AUCACUAGCGUAAUGAAUGUAGCUUGGCGUGCUACUAUUUAACUGUGUGUUCAAUUUUGUGUCAAAAGGACCGAAAUUUGGGAUAUAUUCAACGAAAUAUACAACUCUAAGCUGAAAUGACAAUUACCACUUGAGGUUUGCAAAUAUACCGCCGUAGUGUGACUACACAUAAGAGUUUUCUUGUGGUUAUAAUGAACAUUCGUAGCUUCAAGGCUCCUCGACAACGUAUAUUUAGAUCCUGUAUCCCUGGAAAGUUCAUCCGAACCGACGACUGGAUAUCUGUAGAUAAACUAAUAAACAGUGUUUCUAGUCAAUAUACCCCAACAACACCAAAGGUGAUACUUGAUGUAGCGCGUAGCGGCCUAAAGCUCCAAAUUUUUGAUUCUAAGCUAUGGGCACUCAUAUGUUCAAACACACUCGCGGUAAGGGAGCUGUACACACCAAAUCAAUGGGUAGAACUGUUACACAUUUACAAACGUAUAAAGACUCGUAACCCAGAAUUGUUUAAUGCAGCAGCUGUACAGCUUGGUGGCCGAUUGAAUGCUUUAUCAUUGCGUGAUCUGUCAAUACUGACCCUAAGUUUUUCUUACUUUACAUUUUGUCCAAACGGCUUAUUUGAGAAUGUCGCAGAAAUAGUCUGUGCCCGAUGUGAUAACUCUCUUAUUUCUGCUAACAAUGAAAUUUCAAGUGAAAUAACUAGGAAUUCUGUCGGUCUAGUUGAUGCAGAAUCUGUUGAAAAUAAAUGUAGGUUGAAGAAUAACGAACUUAGUGCUAUAACAUCAUAUGUCCACCUGCUCGGUUCGUAUGCAAAGUGUGGAUUUGAACAUAAACAACUGUUUGAAGUUGUAGCAGAGUCUAUUCUAAAUAAACUAUCUAAAAACAACGCUAUAAUACCUCCAAACAUAUUGCUAAAGUUACUAACAGCCUACUCAAGGUAAAAGGCAAAAUAAGCCACAUAUGAACAUAUAGGUUUGGAUAUAAGCACACAAAACUCCUAGAGGCUCUUAGUGCAGAGAUGGUAACUAGUAAAAUAUCUGUCCAGGAAUUAAACAAUGU